UCUUCCGGAGCCGUCUCCGGCGGGGGCGGCCCAUGGCUUGGCGGGGACUAGAAGGCUCGGACCCGGGUUCGGGGUCCCGGCAGCCUUUGGAAGAGGAGGUGGCGGUGACCGAGGAGGAAGAAGAGGCGGCUGCAGGUGCUACAGAAGAGGAGGAGGAGGAAGAAGAGGAGGAGGAGGAGGAUGAGGAUGAGGAGGAGGAAAGCGGGGGCCGGGGCCGGGACCAGCUGCGCUGGGACGGCUUCUCGGCCUGGCUGCACUGCGUGUGCGUGGUGGGCUUCGACUUGGAGCUGGGUCAGGCCGUGGAGGUAAUCUAUCCUGAGCAUUCAAAACUUAGUGAUAAAGAAAAAACGAAUAUUUGCUAUUUAUCUUUUCCAGAUUCAAAUUCAGGCUGUCUUGGAGAUACACAGUUUUGUUUCAGAUUUCGACAGUCGUCUGGCCGGAGGAUGUCAAUGCGCUGUAUCCCAGAUCAAUUUGACAGAGAUUCACCUGUGUAUUUGAAGAAAGAUCCUGCAUAUUUUUAUGGUUAUGUGUAUUUCCGACAAGUUCGAGAUAAAACACUAAAAAGAGGCUACUUUCAGAAGUCCUUGGUUUUGAUCAGUAAGCUGCCAUAUACACAUUUUUUCCACACCGUGCUUAAACAGAUAGCACCCGAAUAUUUUGAAAAGAGUGAACCUUAUUUGGAGGCAGCUUGUAAUGAUGUUGAUCGUUGGCCUGCCCCAGUGCCAGGGAAAACAUUACACUUGCCCAUUAUGGGAGUGGUUAUAAAGGUGCGGAUUCCAACCUGCCAUGACAAGCCUGGAACAACUCAGAUAGCCCAGUUAACUCAGCAGACAGACUCACAGAUCUCUGUGGUUUUACCCACUAUUCAUGAAGUGGAUCUUUUCAGGUGUUUCUGUCCUGUGUUCCUGCACAGCCAGAUGCUUUGGGAACUGGUGUUGUUAGGAGAACCCCUUGUUGUCAUGGCGCCAUCCCCAUCAGAAUCUUCAGAAACUGUCUUGGCACUCAUUAGCUGUAUUUCACCGCUCAAGUACUGCAGUGACUUCAGACCCUACUUUACCAUACACGACAGUGAAUUCAAGGAGUACACUACACGGACACAGGCCCCGCCCUCAGUUAUUUUAGGAGUGACCAACCCUUUUUUUGCUAAAACGCUCCAGCACUGGCCACAUAUCAUUCGGAUAGGAGAUAUUAAACUGGCAGGUGAAAUUCCCAAGCAGGUCAAAGUAAAAAAACUGAAGAACCUAAAGACCCUGGACUCUAAACCUGGAGUUUACACUUCCUAUAAGCCAUUUUUAAAUAGAGAUGAAGAGAUCAUAAAACAGUUACAGAAGGGAGUACAGCAGAAGCGCCCUUCUGAGGCCCAAAGUGUAAUUCUUCGACGUUAUUUCUUGGAAUUGACUCAGAGCUUCAUCAUUCCAUUGGAAAGAUAUGUAGCAAGCUUAAUGCCUCUGCAGAAGAGCAUUUCUCCAUGGAAGAGCCCACCACAGUUGAGACAGUUUCUUCCAGAAGAAUUUAUGAAAACACUUGAGAAAGCUGGACCUCAGCUGACCUCCAGAUUGAAGGGUGAUUGGAGAGGACUGUACAGACAUUUUCUAAAAUCUCCAAACUUUGAUGGCUGGUUCAGGACUCGAAAGAAGGAGAUGACCCAGAAACUGGAAGCACUACAUUUAGAAGCUCUUUGUGAAGAGGAUUUGCUUCUCUGGAUCCAGAAACACACCGAAGUAGAGACAGUUGACCUUGUAUUGAAGCUGAAGAGUAAAUUGUUACAGGCUCAUCAGGAUCACCUACCUGUGAAACCUGGCACUGUGGAAAAGUUACAGACACACAUAGAUGCAAUUAUUUUAGCAUUGCCAGAAGACCUGCAGGGCAUACUGCUCAAAACUGGCACAGAAUGAGGGGCUGCCUCCUGCGUUUCCCAGAUGAGAAGAAUGGUGGAAUGGGGAGCCCCCAAACACAGCAAAAAGAUGCCCCAAGGAAAUCCAGCAAAAUGGCAGAGGAGCCCAGAGGAUAGCGGGUGCUUUGUUUUCUAAUGAGACUAACUGUUGCAUUAUUUCUAAGUAUGGAAGUCUGCAUGUGGUGGAAUGGCCUUCCUGGGUUGGUCAUUGUUCUUAAGAACAAGUGCUCUUGAGGGAGGCCUGGAAGGCCAAAGCUGGCACAGCAUGAGCCCAGACUGCGGUGCUGGCAUUGCAGCCUUUGGACACUGGUGCUGCUGGGUCCAGUCAUGUCAAAACAUGGGAAAACUCAGGGAGAAACAAUGUCAUGCUCACACUGGCUAUAUGUUUUUUUAAAGGAAGGAAAAAGUCUUGAGCUGUCCUUGUAGAGUUAUAACUAAUUAAUGCGCAAUUAGUGCCUUCCUUUUUCCUACAUUUUCACAAAACUGAGCUGCUGGUCUUGACUCGCCCUUUCCAAGUAGUUUACUGAGUAAUCAUUAACUACAAAUUGUGGACGCCUCCUUCCCAGAACAUUUCUUGGUAGCAAUGUUUUUAUUGCCCCAUACUUUUUCAUUCCAUUUAUUUCUCUGCUAUUUUAAAAUUUUGCCAAUUUUUCCAAAGAUGGAAAGGUUUUCUAGAACUAAUCAUGAAUUAGGGAGGAGAAACUGUUACCUUUUACCCUUAAAGAUUAACUAGCUUGGGUGCUUUUCCUCAAAGCCAUCUCUCCUAACUGACAUACAAACCUCACAGAGAAAGUAUUUUUAAACUAAAAUAUUCUUAGGAAAAGAGCAUUCACAGGCCUUUUGUGUUAGUCUCUGUAUUGAUCUAAGAGUGUCAUCUUUGUCUUCAAACAAACAAACAAACAAAAACCAGCAUCCUCACAGAGUUUUUUCUAUUGUUGCCAGACCUGGAAUCCUUUGUUUUCCAUGGCAGGAAACCAAAGAGGGGGGCUGCUAAAAUAUCACUUAUGUGGUUUGCAUUUUAAAAUCAGUCUCCUGCAAAAGCCACUCCAAGAUCAUAGGCACAUGAGGAUGUGUGUAUAUAGCUCGGUAUCCCGUGACCCUCCAGAAAACCAAAUUUGAAGAGGCUGGAGAAAGCAACAAUAGUUGUUCUCUGCUGGUUAUGUCUCUUAGGGUGCUUCUUCCCCAGGAGAAUCUGACAACAUUAACCUUUUUCUCACAGACACGGUCUCUUGGAUCAUACCUCAGUUAGGAAAACAUGCUCUUAUUAUCCUAUUUUAAAUGAAGAGUUUGCCUUGGAUCAGGUGAGGUAUUUUGUUAGCCUACAGUUCUCCUUAGGGGAAAGGGGCAAUUACUUUUGUAUUAUAAAGGAUUUCUUAUAUUUCUGAGAAGCAUUAUUUAGGUACAAAUGGUCACCGUUGUAUAUUUUUUAAAAAGAUGUAUUUUAAUAUUCAUACCGUUUAUAUACAAUUUGUGACCAGAAGCUGAAAUCUAAUAGUGUUGUAUCAUGAAUGUCUCUAAAAUUAUGCCACUAUAUGAUACAUUGUUUUGCACAGUUAAAAGAGUAGCAAGAUCAAGAAUGCCCAUCAAUAGGGCAUUAGUUUCUUUACACAGAUUCCAUACUGUAUUUACCUGCAGCGUAAUACUGAUCAACAACCAUAUCACGUUCCAUAGCUUACUGCUAGACUAAAAAUUAUGAGUUUGUAGGAGGACCCUCAAAUGAUUAGGAAGUUGAGAUUGAUUGGAAGCUUUUCAUUUUUCAGUGAUUCUCUCCUGUCCGAGAGACCAUUGUUUAAAGAACCCCCUCACAUCCUGUGGCCACCAUCACCAGCAUCUGAAGGAAUUUUGGCUUUCUGGUUGCUCUAGAAUGUUCUGUGCCUUCUACUGACUAAGAGGUUCUAAGGAGGAGGAGGAAUUUGUGGUCAUGGUCUGCGAGUGGCCCAUUAAAGUUUUGUGUGUUAAAAA